UCCCCUUUUACGUCCGUUGCAACGCAACUGGAACCUUCCAAUUGCUAUUAGGGUUUUUGGAAGGGGUUUUAGGGCAUUUUUUCGCAACCAGAAAACCCCCAAUUCUCUUUCCAAGGCUUCGUCAAUUCUCCUUCCAAAGCUUCCAAAUGCUUCGCUCCAAUGGCUUUAGGCUCCUUCGAUCGCUGCCCGAAAAACUCCUCCGCCACGCCAACGAACCCAUAUAUGAUGGAGUGUGCCAAAGGGGUUAUAGGACAUUGAGUUCUGGUCUUUGUAAUCCAUCCAGAGUUAUUGGGAAUUUUUCUCCAAAUGUUGGAAAUGGUGUUAAUUUGAAGAACUUGUUGCUUUUUGGAGCCGCGGAUACAUAUUGGGGGACAUCUAGAUCCGUUCAUGGGUCAGCAUCAUUGGCAAGGGACUAUUACGAAGUGCUUGGUGUGAGUAAGAAUGCUAGUUCUUCUGAAAUAAAGAAAGCAUACUAUGGGCUUGCAAAGAAGCUCCAUCCAGACACAAACAAAGAUGAUCCUAAGGCUGAAAAGAAGUUUCAAGAAGUUUCAAUGGCAUAUGAGGUUUUGAAGGAUGAGGAAAAACGUCAACAGUAUGAUCAGGUUGGCCAUGAUGUGUAUGUAAACCAAGAAAGCACCAGUGGUUUUGGAGGCAACAGUGGCUUUAAUCCAUUUGAGCAGAUGUUCCGUGAUCAUGAUUUUGUCAAGAACUUUUUUCAUCAGAAUAUUGGUGGAGAGGAUGUCAAGACUUUCAUUGAACUAUCUUUUAUGGAAGCUGUCCGGGGAUGCAACAAAACUAUUACAUUUGAAACAGAAGUGCUUUGUAACACCUGUGGUGGGAGUGGUGUGCCUCCUGGUACAAGACCUGAAACCUGUAGGCGCUGUAAAGGGUCAGGAGUGACAUUUGUACAAACUGGCAUAUUUAGGAUGGAGAGUACUUGUGGUACAUGUAAGGGAACUGGCAAAAUUGUAUCGAAUUUCUGCAAGUCAUGCAAAGGUACAAAGGUUAUCAAAGGAACGAAAUCUGUCAAAUUGGAUAUUAUGGCUGGGAUUGACAACAAUGAAACUAUAAAGGUUUAUAGAAGUGGUGGUGCAGAUCCUGAUGGAGAUAAUCCUGGUGAUCUUUAUGUUACCAUCAAGGUCAGGGAAGAUCCUGUCUUCCGUAGAGAAGGAUCUAAUAUUCAUGUAGAUGCUGUCUUAAGUAUCACUCAGGCUAUUUUGGGCGGAACCAUUCAGGUCCCAACUCUUACUGGAGAUGUUGUUCUUAAGAUUCGUCCUGGCACCCAACCUGGUCAGAAGGUGGUUCUGAAAAAGAAAGGGAUCAAGACUAAAAAUUCUUACACAUUUGGGGAUCAAUAUGUUCAUUUUAACGUCAGCAUUCCAAACAAUCUGACAGAGAGACAGCGGGAAUUGAUUGAAGAGUUUGCCAAGGAAGAGCAAGGAGAUUUUGAUAAACAGAGAGUUGCAUCUGCUUCUGGUUGAAAACAUUGCAAGAGUUAUUAUCAAAAUCAUAUGCUCAACUAGGCGGUUGUUGAAGUUUUGUAGGAUUAAGGAUUGGUAAUUCUUUUCUUAAUUCCUUCCACUUUUUCGAGUGUAUGUAAUAUUUAUUUCUCGUCCCAAGGGAUGAUCACAAUUCAAAAUUUUUUUGUUAGAACUUAGAAGGCAAUCCCCUCAUGCUCCUCUAGGCUAGAAUUCUAGUCAGUGCUGUAUAUAGUUUCCUUAUAACAUAAGAAAGGGCGCAAGUCACUCAAUGUGAUUCUUUUUCCUACUAUCACGUCACAUAAAGGAGGAGCCUUUAUCAUUGGACCAUGGGUAAACUAGAAUAUAAUUUCUGCAUAGUGUCAACAUGAAACUAUAUAUAUAUUCAUCUGUCUAUUGAUCAGUGCUAUUUGUUCUCUUA